GCACAGGUGGGCGGAGCUAGUGGGCGCACUGCUGGGCGGAACUUGCGGGUGUCACUGCUGGGCACCGAUCAUCAGGGCACUGAUCAUCAGUGCCCUGAGCGUGAGGAAAGUGCAGCCGAGAACCGGCACUUGCAUUUCCCUGUGAUCAGCGUGUCAUUGGACACCGCUGAUCACGUGGUAAAAGGCCGCUGUGAUUGGCCUUUUACCACAUCACGUGAUCAGCUG